UAUACAAUACCAUUUGCCCCAUUGCAAUAUAUAACCAUAUCAUUUAUUUCUCAAAAAAACAGAACCAUAUCAUUUACCUUAGCGGAGUCUCUCUCAUUCACGUACCAAACAGAGAAAAAUAUGGAAAACGGAAGCUCCGAGAGUAGAAACAAAGCUCGUCUCGCCAUCAUGGAGCUCGCUAACAUGAUCAGCGUUCCAAUGUCUCUCAACGCCGCCGUGAGGCUAGGCCUCGCCGACGCUAUCUGGAACGACGGAGACAACUCUCCUGUCUCAGCCGCUGAGAUCCUCCCUCGUCUCCACCUCACGUACCAAAACGGUACCAUCGGCGGCGAUCCCGAGAAUCUCCAGCGUAUACUUCGUAUGCUCACAAGCUACGGUGUCUUCUCCGAACACCUCACCAACGCCGGCAGGAAAUACUCUAUCACCGACGUUGGAAAGACGCUUGUCACCGACUCCGACGGUCUCUCCUACGCCGCUUACGUCCUCCAACACCACCAGGAGGCGUUGAUGCGAGCAUGGCCACUUGUUCACACGGCGGUGGUGGAGCCGGAGACUGAGCCGUACGUGAAGGCAAACGGCGAGGCUGCGUAUGCGCAGUAUGGAAAGUGCGAGGAGAUGAACGGUUUAAUGCAGAAGGCCAUGUCCGGCGUAUCUGUUCCGUUCAUGAAAGCCAUAUUGGACGGCUACGAUGGGUUUAAGUACGUUGAGCAUUUGGUUGAUGUAGGAGGAAGCGCAGGAGAUUGUCUCCGUAUGAUCAUUAAGCAAUUCCCUAACGUCCGUCAAGGGAUUAACUUUGAUCUGCCUGAAGUUGUUGCCAAAGCUCCCAAGAUUCCUGGAGUGACUCACAUGGGUGGAGAUAUGUUCCAAUCAGUUCCGAGUGGUGACGCAAUCUUCAUGAAGUGGGUGCUAACGACAUGGACGGACGAAGAAUGUAAGCAGAUAAUGAAGAAUUGCUACAAAGCUUUACCGGUUGGCGGUAAACUAGUUGCGUGUGAGCCUGUUUUGCCUAAGGAAACCGAUGAUAGCCACCGUACUCGCGCUUUGCUAGAAGGCGACAUCUUUGUUAUGACAAUCUAUAGGACCAAAGGUAAGCAUAGAACCGAAGAAGAGUAUAAAGAGCUUGGUCUCUCUGCUGGAUUCUCUACUUUUCGACCUUUCUACAUCGAUUACUUCUACACCAUCUUAGAGUUUCAGAAGUAAUAUUAAAGCAGUUAUCUUCUUACUAUCUAAAAGCUUCCAGAUUGUCGUAGACCUCUUUGUUGAUCUCUAAUAAAUACAUUUUUCACUAA